UUGUCGAAUGUUUUCUAAAAAAAAAAGAGCGUUAAUCUCAUAAGCUGGGGCGAAUAACGAGGGACGUUCAAAACCCUCGUUGAACCCUACUUCUUUGGAAGGACGGAGAAGAUGGCGAUUUCUCGCUUUCUCCAACCUCACAGUGGGUCACUUUUCUCUUCUUGCAAAACCCUAAUUCCUCAAUUCCAGCAGCAAUUUUCUCGCCAAACAAACAAAACCAUUUCCUGUCUUCUCGCCCAAACUCGGACUCACACGUCCCAGACUCUCCAAAAGUCACCCUUUGAGUCAAAAAUUCUCAGAAUUCUCCGCAACGAGAUUCAGUACCAGUCCGAUUACGCCCCUCCGCACCAGCCUGAUGUGAAGUUCAAUGCGUUUAUGGUGAAAGAUCGACCCGGUGAGCAGUGGAUUACAUUAACGAGCAAAUUUGGAGAGGGUGAAAAUAUAAAAAUUGAGGCUACAAUGUUUGACGGAUCGAAGUUAGUUCCAAAAUCAGGUGACGAUGAUGCUGAAGAGGAUGUGUGUCUUCACAUUAGCUUGUUAGUUGAUAUAUCCAAGGGGGAAGGGUGUGAUAAGCUGGAGUUUUGUUGCUCAGCAUGGGCGGAUUGCUUGGAAAUUCAGAAAGUUUAUGUAUUCCGAAGUGAUGGGUCACUACCUAAGCCUUACAUGGGACCUAAUUUUAGGGAUAUGGAUUAUAAGCUUCGGAUUGCACUGGUUGAGUACUUGAAGGAAAGGGGGGUAAAUGAUGACCUUUGUGUUUUCUUGCAUGAUUUUAUGAUGAACAAGGAUAGGAUAGAGUUUAUUAGUUGGUUAAAUAAGGUUGAGUCAUAUUUGGAAAAAUAGGGGGAUCUUAGCUCUUUCCCCCUCAAUGCUCUGAUACUAGAUUGGUUUUAUAUUUGAACUUUUGCAUCGAUUAAAGAAAAUUCUCCAUUAAAAUGCAUAUCGUUUUGCUUUUGUGCAAUCAUGACAUGUAAACUGCAAGUGAAUACUCAAGAACAUAAAUGUAAUCCAGAUGGACUGCUCUAAGAGUGUAAAUGCUUUAAACUGAUUUUUGUUGUGAAAUUUUAAGGUCCACUAUGACUCCUGUUACUGAAA